UCAGCUAUUCUGUCAAAAUAUGACAUUAACCCUGAAACAUAUCCCUGGACGUUCAACCAGAUGAAAGCCCUCGUGAGCUAUAUGCGAGACUGAAGGAGCUUUAUGGGAAAUGGAUCCAGCCAAAGGGUAAAACUAUUCAUGACACUGGUGAAACUAUAAUCUUGGAGCAGUUUCUCAGAAUGUUAUCUCCUGAGCUUCAGGUUUGGAUCAGAGAACACAACCCUGGUUCAGCAAUGGAAGCGGCUCGGUUAGCUGACGUAUUUGUUGCUGCCAGAAAGAAGGGACAAGCAUGGAGCCAUAAUGCAUGGAAGGCAUCGAGGGACACCCGGAAGAUACCUCAGCAAAACCAUCUGGAUUCAGCAAAUACAAGCACCAGUAAGACCCCUCAGUCUACCACUAGACCACCAAAGGCCUCCGGUAAGAAGCUCAUUUGUUAUCUUUGUGGAUUAGAGGGCCAUACGAAACCUAUGUGCCCAAGAAAUUCUGCUAAAAUGGUGCAAAUGUGCUUUGCCCCCCAUUCUAAUGUUGAUCCUGAGCAGGAGAGUGACAAAUCCAUCAAAAUGAGUCAGAUUGAAGUGAAUGGCGUUCUACUCAAUGCCCUUUUUGACUCUGGCAGUUCUCGGUCUCUUAUUCACUCAGAUUUUGCCCCACCUAAUAUUGUUCUCACCAGUGAUACAAUUUCAAUCUGUUGUGUCCAUGGAGAUGAGAAAAGAUAUCCGACAGCUGACAUCUACAUUAAAGUUCAGGACCAGAUGUAUCUGCUGAAUGUGGGUGUUGUGAACAGUUUGCCCUACUCUGCUGUGUUAGGGCGUGACCUUCCUGUGCUUUUUGAUUUGUUGGAGUCUGAGCAGAGUGAGGAGUGCAAUGUAGUCGUUACCAGAGCUCAGGCUAAGCAAGUCAGUACCCACUCUGAGACCCUGAGUGCCCUGCCUUUUUUUAAUGAGGGGUUUGAAACAACUGUGGUGAAGCCACGGAAGACCCGCAGACAAAGAAGGCAGGAGAAAUUCAAAUUUUUACUUGUGGAGACACUAACAGACGCUGAGCCAACAUCGUCACCCUUAGGGUUUAAUAUUCCAACUGAAAUCGCUCAACUCCAAAAAUCUGAUCAAUCUUUAAUAUCUCUUUUCCAGAAGGCCAAAGAAAAGGAACCUGGAGUGGAGCAGGUUUUCAACAUGGACGUCUUUCAGGAUCUCUCUCCACCAACCAACAUGGAAUCUACUGCCUUCAUCAGAUGCUGCUCUCCACAUAGUUUCAUUUACCUUUCAUAUUAAAAGUGACCACUCCAUGAGAACAACAAAACACUCUUCAGUGUGUAACACAAAUUUCACUCUUGAAUUGACAAUGUGUAGUUUCAUAAGCAUUAUAUGUCUAAAUGAUGUAACACAGAUACUCAUUUUUUCUUGAGCCACAAGCAUGUCUGCAAGAAAAAUGUCAUCUUCCCUUUCUCUCGCUGAGCAGGCAUUUCAACUCUACUAAAAGAAUAUGUAAAUCCAUACCACCAGCAGACCUGAUCAAAACCAGGUUUAACCAAGUGGAACACAAAAUAAAUCUUCAGAAGUUUUCAUAUUUAAUGUGAAACUUCUGAAGAUAAAUUAGGAAGAUAAAUGAAAAAGACCAAACAAUAAAUGCAGGGCAGG